CUUCCAUCUAGUUCAACGUAAUCAGCUACAGCUCAGCGGCCACGAUGGUGUACACCAAGACGUGGACCGAGUUUGAAAGUGCGGUCAUUGACCUGUACAACCGCGCGCCGAGGAAGGCGCGCUAUGUCGUAAAGUUCGAGCCAAAGACGGGCAAGCUGGUGAUCAAGGUGACCGAUGACAGCAAGUGUCUCAUGUACAAGACGCACUCGGCCAUCAUCCUGAACCGCUUCGAGACGCUCAACCACCGCCUCCUGUCUACUAUCGCUAACGCGCGCCGCCGCGCGCCCACGGCGCCAUUGCUCAACUCUGGCUCCGCUGGCGUGGGCACACCUGCUGCUGAGGGAGACGACCCCAUGUCCGGUGGUGGUGUAGCAUCGCCAGCACAGGCGCCCGGGACACCGAAGCCUGCACCGGCAGCUGGGGGUGGCGGGAAGAAGAAGAAGAAGAAGGGCAAGCGGUAGUGGGGAUGCAUGUUGUAUAAUUCUGG